ACGACAAUCUACACGGUUCCAGAAAGACUGCGAAAUUAGGGCAAAAGAGAGAGAUCGCGAGAGGAGGAGGAGGAGGAGAAGAAGAAGAAGAAGCAAAAGGGAGGAGGAGGAGAAAUGGGGAAGCAGCCGGUGAGGAUGAAGGCGGUGGUGUACGCGCUGUCGCCGUUCCAGCAGAAGAUAAUGACGGGGCUGUGGAACGAUCUGCCCAACAAGAUCCACCACAAGAUCUCCGAGAACUGGAUCAGCGCCACCCUCCUCCUCGCCCCCCUCGUCGGCACCUACACCUAUGUCCAAAACUACAAGGAAAAGGAGAAAAUGGAACAUAGGUAUUGACCUACAUUCGUGGAGCUCGUGGCUGGCUGAGAGGACUUACAGGAUCGUCUUCUCGAGAUGCAAAAAUUGGAGCUGGGGAUUUUGAAAUAACGUUUCAAAGUUUUCUUUUUGGAGCUAUUCUGAAUAAUUUCUCGUUGUCUCAUGACGCGUGACGCGUGCGCAAGAGAUGGAAAAUUUCUGGAGAAAAACCUGGACUGGAUUUCAAUCCUUUUGUGAUGACGACUCUUCUGAUGCUGUAGUUUUCAUUUUCUUAUGUGAAACCCUGGAUGAUAAUUGCUUGGAGUCAAAAUAGCUGGAACGAAUCUAUGUUGGGUACA